AUGGAGAGCACUAUUAUAUUUUGGAGUUUGGAGAUGGCGGAAAAAAAGAAGGAAGGAGAACCUGAAGUAGAAGAUGAAUUCUCAGUUGAGAAAGUUUUAGACCGAAGAGUAAGAAAUGGAAAGGUUGAAUAUUUUUUGAAGUGGAACGGAUACAGUGAUGAGGAUAACACAUGGGAACCAGAAGAAAACCUAGACUGUCCUGAUCUAAUACAAGCAUUUGAAGAAGCUAGGAAAAAAAAGGAAGCUGAGGGUAAAACCAGUAAGGUUGAGAAAGAUCCUAAAAAACGUAAGUCUACUGCGGCGACGCCAGAUUUAAAAGGAGCCAAAAAGUCAAAGAGUGAUGAAAAAAAAUCUUCCGGCUUUGAUCGUGGUCUUGAGCCAGAAAAGAUCAUUGGUGCUACAGAUAGCAGUGGUGAGCUGAUGUUCUUAAUGAAGUGGCAAGGUACAGAUGAGGCUGAUUUAGUUCCCGCUAAGCAAGCCAAUGUACGCUGUCCCCAGGUUGUCAUCCAAUUCUAUGAGGAGAGGCUCACUUGGCAUACACCAACACCCGAUGAAGCAAACAAUGAGGAUUAA